AUGGUACAGCCAACGAAACCUACCGGUGCACCAACAGCGACCACCGGAUUUACCCUAGGUGGUACACCCACAGCAACCACGCAAGCAGCGGGGAUUGGUACUGGGGUAAAACUAGGAGGGCCCACCUUGGGGACCACGCCCCAAACAACUGGAGGUGGGUUCAAACUUGGAAGUGCACCCACAACAUCUCAACCUGGCUUGACUUCAGGAGGCACCACGCCCCAAGUGACGGGUGGUGGGUUCAAACUUGGAGGUGCGCCCGCAACAUCUCAACCUGGCUUGACUUCAGGAGGAACACCCGCAACACAAGCAACCCCUGGCUUUUCGUUCGGUACAACCCCCGCAAGUACACAAGGAACUACCCAACCUGUGCAAGGCUUGGGCCUAGGGCAGAGCACAACCGGGUUUAACUUCGCAGGACAGCUAGGUGGACAACCUAAAACCACCACUACAGCAACCCCAGCAAGUACCGUGGCAAAAACGAUCGUGGGGACAAAUACAAAUUUGGUAUUUGCUGCAAAAGUGAAGUCAACACUUCCUGGAGCGACGCCAUUGCUAACGACAACCAGCACGGCAAAACCAACACUUGGCUUGACACUACCGCAAACAUCGACAACUACUUCCACGGCAGGUUUGUUAUCUUACCUAAUCUAUUGUUUCAUUAUCCAUAAGAAAUACUGUAUUGUUGACAGGGCAGCUAAGAAGUUGCCAAGAUUUAUAUUCUUGCUGCCAGGAUUUAUAUCGUUGGUUUAGCAACCUUGUGUCAAGAAAUUUUAAGGGUCUUUGUUGUGACGGGUCUUUAAGUGGCUCUAAUUGUGAGUAAUUAUCUAAAACUUGCACCUGUCAUGGGUUUAGUAUGCACCAGUUUUUGCAGUACUGCACUUUGAACACUACAGGUCUAUGAGCUCAUUUAAGCGAUUACACUCGUCAACGGGGAAGCUCUGCAGCUUAAUAAGUUAACCAAGAAAUCUGACGAUGUCUCCAGUUAACCCAUUGGCUCGCAAUGCGCCCUAGUGCGCUUUACUUAUUUCUUUUUCUUGUCUAACACCAGAGAUUUUACUCGUCAACGGGGAAGCUUUGCAAGCUUAAUGGGUUAAAAGUCUUUUAUAUUGUCGUAUUUUCUCAUUGUCAGGCUUAACUUUUGGUGGUACAGCAAGUGGGGUAGCGACAACUUCUUCUACUGCAUCAGGGUUUAAGUUACCAACAACGACUGCAGGCAUAACUGGUAAACCAGGUACUGUGUUAAAACAUUCAAUACUCAAAAAAAAACAAAUUUUGUAUUUUAUGUCGACGUCGACACUGGAUCUUAUAAACGAGGGUUCCUACAAAACUUGAAAAUACUUGAAAAUCCUUGAAUUUGGAAACAAAAGUUCAUGGUGUUGAAAGUCCUUGAGUUUAUAAAGAAGUGCUUGAAAGUCCUUAAAUUGUUCUUGCUUUAGUGAGUAUUUUUUUAAAUUGUUUGGCAUUAAGAAUUGGACAUUUUGUAAGUUGAUUUUGUUCAUGUCUUACAAAGGCCAAAGCUGUUUGACAUUCAUUAAAGUUGCCGUUCGAACAGAGUUUAACGUCACUUUUUACUGAUAUCUAAGUCUAACACCUUUUCAGCCUUUAGUCCUUGAAUUUCCUGAUAUAUAAGCUUGAAAGGCCUUGAAUUUAACUCUUCCUGACCUGAACGAGCCCUGAUAAACUGUAGCUAGUUGCAGGAAAAAUUGUUUAAAUUUUCAUAUGUUAUUUUGUCUUUUAUGUUUUAGCAACAUCAGGAACAGCGGCCACAACAACAAGGUAAAUAAAUCGGAUAUUGUAUUGAAUUGGGCUAAAUACUAAAAAUGAUAGAAUAUCUCGUUCAAAUGUUGUUAUAUACAGACAUACUGUAUUUGCAAUAAUAGCAACUGUACAGAAACCCAGAGGUAUAGCCACAGGGGUGGGAGGAAUGUGGAGAUCCCCCCCCCUGCCAGUUUUCUUCAGGACCGAUUUUGUAAUUCUUUCAAAACUGACAAGAAACUGGGGGGGGGGCAUAACCUCGUAAUAUUUUCAUCUAUGACUCAAAAUCUAUCAAAUUUGUGGCUUUCAGAUUAUCAUAAAAGAUGCAUAUAAUGCAUGAAAUACUGUUUUGCAGACCCUAAAAAUAGAAAAAUUUCUGCGGGACCAUGGCCCCAGCCGGCCUGAUAAUUAGAUCCCCCUCUCGUUUGGAAUUGCCUUCACCUCUGCUGAAACCUAAUGUAUGUUGUUUUAGCACGGAGAAGUAUACAUAUAAACAGCUGGAAGACCAAGUGAACAAAGUAAGUUGCACUCAGUAUUAAGUUGCAACUCUCCUUAAGGUUACAGGACACCCUUUUUGGCGUUUUGCGGAAAAUCGCUACUGCGCGCUCAAUAUCAGUCCGAUUUUCAUCAAAUUUUCACCAAAUGUUCUCCAGUGCAUGCAAAAUAUGGUAAAGUUGUACAAUUAACAAACAAUAAAAUAAUAUAAGAAUUAUUCAGGAAAAUCUUAAAUCGCGGUACCGUUACGCUUUUGAGUUGUGCUCCUGCUGGUUUUAAGUUAUAUUUAUGAAAAUAUCAUUUUUAUACAGUAAAAAAUUGUGUUCGGAAUUUUUUGUUUAUUUCGUCAUUCCGCUGAUAUGGCGAUUUCUUUGACGACUGCAACAUAUUUCUGAAUUGUUUGAGUGAAAAGCUCUUUAUUAUUAAAAUAUCCAAAAUUAAAAUAAAACCGAACACAGUUUUGAAAUUGACGUCUUUAGCUAUGUCCUGUGAAAAUGUGAGAAAAAUUGGUCAAAACCCGCAGGAGCACAACUCAUUUGAAAAUCAGCAAUUACCGUAAAAUUCUUCUGGAGAAAAUUGAAUUUAAAUAUUACAUUUUCAAUGUUUUUCUUAUUGCAGCGAAAUGUAUUUUAUUAAAUAACUCUGCGAGUUUUCAACAUUUUUCGUUCAAACUUGGUCAGAUAGUAGAACUAGUAUAAUGCUUUCAUGGAAACCAAUAAAAAAAUUUUAGGCAAAAUUAACCCUCAAAGGUGUUCUGUAACCUUAACGGAAGAAAAGGUUUACAAAACUUUGAUUGUGUAUAAAUAAAGAUAAUUUCUUCUUUGUUUUAGUGGAACAUUGAGUUGGAAGAUAUGGAAAAAGCAUUUUUGGAACAGGCGGCCAAUGUGAAUGUCGCUGAUAGAGAACUCAUGGAAAAUGGAGAAAAA